AUGAAAAAUCAUCUUGCUGGAACCCAUAUCCAAGUUAAGCCAUGUAGUCAAGUUCCCGAAGAUGUUAAAAUGAAAUUUCAAGAGUUGUUGGUAGCAAAGAAAGUUAAUAAGGAGAAUGAUGAUGAUGAUGAUAUGGUUGACAUUUUUAAACAGCAAGAUGUUAAUCCCAAUAAGGGUAAAAUUGAUAGUUUUCUUAGUAAGGGAAAAAAAGGAAGUGGUUCUAACUCUAAGCAAAGAACUUUAAAUGAAGUUGUGAAGGAUAGGGAAAAGUUAGUGGGAGAUUAUGGAAGGGGAUUGAAACCUCCUACUUAUCAUGAAGCAAGAGUUUCUUAUUUGAAGAGAGAGGUUGAUCUUGUGGAAGAAAAACUUGGAAAGUAUAAAAAUGAGUGGAAAAAGAAUGGUUGCACAUUAAUGUCAGAUGGGUGGACGGAUGGAAAGGGUAGAUCACUGACUAACUUUCUUGUCAAUAGUCCAAGUGGGACAGUUUUUUUGAAAUCUAUUGAUACCUCCGAAUUUAUAAAAAAUGCUCAAAAAAUGUUUGAGUUACUUGAUAGUGUUGUGGAGGAGAUAGGAGAAGAGCAUGUUGUACAAGUGGUAACUGACGGAGCAUCCAAUUAUGUAGCUGCCGGUAGAAUGUUAGAAGAGAAAAGGAGAAAGCUAUUUUGGUCUCCUUGUGCGGCUCAUUGUCUUGACUUGAUUCUUGAGGAUAUUGGAAAGAUUGCGGUAUUCUAUGACACCAUUGCAAAAGCCAAGCAGGUCACAAGUUUCAUUUAUAGGCAUACAUGGGUGCUUAAUUUAUAUAGAAAAUUUUCAAAGGAUAAAGAGCUAGCAAGACCGGCAGUAACAAGAUUUGCAACAUCUUUUCUCACAUUGAGUUGCAUUAUGGAUAGUAAACUAGCUCUUAGGUCCAUGUUUGCAUCAGAAGAAUGGGCAAAUAGUACACAUGCUACUACAAUUAAGGGGAAAAAAGUGGUGGAUAUUAUCUUGAGUGAUACAAGAUUUUGGAAAUCCAUCCAAUUUGCCUUGAAAUGUGUGGAUCCACUAGUGGAGGUUUUGAGGCUUGUAGAUGGUGAUGCGAAACCAGCAAUAGGAUACAUCUAUGAAGCCAUGAGAAGAGCAAAGAAUCAAAUUGCAAAGAAUUUCAACAAUGUGGAGCAUCGAUAUAGAGAAAUAUGGAAGAUAAUUGACACUCGUUGGGAUUUUCAACUUCAUAGGCCACUUCAUGCAGCGGCAUACUACCUUAAUCCUAAGUACCAUUAUGAUCCAAACUUCAAUCCGGACAAAGAAGUUAAAAUUGGAUUGUAUAAGGUAAUUGAGAAGAUGUAUCCGAAUGUGGAAACAAGAGUUGAAGUUGAUGCUCAACUUGACAAGUUUAAAAGAGGAGUAGGAUUAUUUGGAAUUGAUAUGGCCAUAAUAACAAGAAACAAAAAACAACCGGCUUUAUGGUGGGACAACUAUGGAGAAGAGUGCAAAGAGUUGCAAACACUUGCCAUAAAAGUCUUAAGCCUUACAUGUAGUGCCACGGGUUGUGAAAGAAAUUGGAGCACCUUUGAACAUGUGCAUUCUAAAAGAAGGAAUCGUUUGGAGCAGCAAAGAUUGAAUGCUCUUGUCUUUGUUAAAUAUAACCUUCAAUUAGAAAUGAGGCAAAAGCUUAGGGAGGAGAAAGGAGAGGCAUAUGAUCCAAUAUGUUUAUUGGACAUAGAAUCCGAUGACGAGUGGAUUAUGGAAAAAGAAGAUCCUUGCUUGCCGGAUGAUAAUUCAUGGAUGGAUGUUCAAGAAUGCUUCAACAUAGAUGAAGGUGCUCCUAGCAAUAAAAGAGCCAGAGGACCAAGGAACUUAAAUGCUAGCAACAAAAAAGCUAAAGAAAAAGUUGUUGAAGAGGAAGAUGUACUGCCCAUUUUGUGUGAUGAAGACGGAGAAAGUGAAGAGGAAGAUUUGUUGGCUAUUUUGCAUGAUAAUAAUAACACUAGUGAAGAAAGCAGUCUUAUGACGAUCAUCAGGAUGAAUUCCAAGUUUCCAAAAUCCAGCUUUGAGAUUAAAUUUGGAAAACAUCUUUGCAUUAUGGAGAUUUGCAAAGAGAAAUGGUCUGAAAGGCAGAUGAAAUUUAUCAUCACGUAG